CAUGAAGACGGCAGUAAUGCGACCAUCCCGACAAGCUCCGGCCUCCGCAAUGAGACGAUCCAUGAACCAGAUUCACCGGAGGAGGAUGGAAAGUUUAAGCAGGCCUUGCAGAUUGAUAUGAAAUCUAUGGUUGGCGACUCUGUCGGUAAUAUGAGCAUAAGCCCAACUAGUCGGGAUAUCGUUCUUGCUGCGAGGAAAGGCUUGUUUAUAAUUGACCUCGAGGCACCUCUGGAAAUACCCAGAUUUCUACCACAAGGCGGUACCUGGGACGUGGCCGACGUCCAAUGGAACCCAAAUCCCAGUCAUUCCGAAUACAUCGUAUCAACCUCAAGUGAACGCAUGUUGAUUUGGAACCUUCUGCUGGUUGGGAAGACGUCUAUAGAAUUCAUUCUCCAGUCACACUACAGGGCAAUAACAGAUAUUAAUUGGCACACCUUCGAUCCUGAUCUUGUGUGCAGUACUGGAAUAGAUUCGUGGAUAUGGGCUUGGGACAUUAGAUCCCCGCAAAAGCCUGCGUUCGGUGAGUCGUCUUUUGCAACUGGAGGCACGCAAGUCAAGUGGAAUCGCAAAGAUGGCAACAUACUCGCUUCAUCUCACUUGGACGAAGUCCUUAUAUGGGACCGAAGGAAAGGAUCAACUCCUGUGUCUCGCGUAAGGGCUCACGACGGCAAGAUAUAUGGUAUCGACUGGUCACAUUCCCGUCGGAACGAGAUCAUAACUUGCUCACUCGACAAAACCAUCAAGAUCUGGGAUACUACCAAACUGCAAACCGCCGAUUGCGAACCGACCCGGGUCUUACAAACAAGUCGUCCUGUAUGGCGUGCCAGGGAUUUACCCUUCGGUAACGGCGUUCUCAGCCUUCCGCAACGAGGCGAAUCUGUUUUGGAGAUGUGGAACUACGAUGAUGAUAGAGUUCCCGUCCAUGUUUUUGAGGGACAUACUGACGUCGUUAAGGAAUACGUCUGGAGGACGCGAUGUACUGGAAGCGCAAAUGAUAAAGCUUUCCAAUUGAUUACCUGGUCCAAAGACAAGUCAUUGCGCUUCUGGCCGAUCGGCCGAGAUAUUAUACAGAAAGCUGGAACUGCGAACGAGACAUCAGAGCGAAACCGCAAACCACUGGAAAGGGAUGAAUCGGUUUCCUUCCGCGAGCAGCCAAUUGGUACCGGACCCCUGCCAGCCCUAUCCGCUCCUACAGGAUAUCGCUCAAUUCUGGCUGGCGUGCGAGCCUCACCUCUCACCACGCAGAACAACCCAGUUCUAUUACCUCAUCAAGGCUCCGCAGCUCGGGGUGUCCGACACGAAGCACUCAAAGAGAAAGAAUGGCCAUCGAAUAAUACAGCACAACGGGUCAUGGCACCAAGUGCUGUAGAACGAAGGGACGGAACGAUGAGCAAAGGAAACACGAAAGGAGUCAGACAGCGGAUGGAUACAGCAACAUGGCUUUCGAGCUUCCGAGCGGAAAGCGUCGGGCCUUCUCGUUAUAGCUCCGGAUCUCCUCGACCACCUUCAAUAUCAAGACGUGAUCUAUCUCAAUUGGAAAUGAGCCGAGGGAGAAGCGCAAGUCGGAGUAGGACUGAAGACGGUCCGCGAGACUCUGAAAGCGCUGCUACGCUGCUGGACGAGAUUAACUCUGUUGUGAAUAAAUUCUCGCCCGCGAAGGUGAAAUUAGAAAGGCACGGCUUGACAAAGCAUCGUACUUGUACAUUCGGUCUGCACGGUCCCUGGGGCGAAUCGUCAACAGUGAACGUCUUCGUCCGCGUCACUUUCACCUUUCCAAAAGAUUAUCCAUCCGCCAAACAUCCUCGUGGUACACCAGCCGUAGAAAUUGAACGAAGUCCAUUGAUAUCAGUGAAGAGACGCGCUUAUAUGCAGCGGAGGCUUCGGGAGAUACGAGAGACUCAAAGGCCUUGCCUAGAAGCUUGUCUGAGCUUUCUCCUGUUCGCUGACGGCGGGCGACGGAAAAAGCGAAAUCUCGAUUCUGGGACAUCAUCAGAAGAGGAAGUGCAACCUGAGGUCGAGAAGGACAAGGAUUUUUCUUCCGCCCUGAUUCGAGAAGACCAAAAUCUCGCGGAGCCUAGGUCAUCUCAAGGCGUCUUUGGCCCAAACGGUCAGCUCGUAUGCAUAUUCCGAUCUGUAAUGCGCAUCAUCAAGGCUGUACCGCAAGACCUGGUACCAACUGCAACCAUUCCUUCUCGAGAGCCGGACGGUGUUUCGCGACUGUUCAGGUCUCCACUCCAGCUUUCAGACGCGGUACGGAGAUUGGCUGUAGCUGCUAACGAUCAUUCGUACGAUUUCCUUGAUUCAAGAGACCCAGAGGACAUGGAGAAUAUCCUCCGCAUAAUGAAUAACGUGCUGUCGUUCUCUCAACCAAGACCGAAUACUCAGGAGUCGGCGAAGACAUCAGAUACAUCCCAGAAUAAUUACUCUCUCUUACCGAAACGGUUAACCAUCGUGUACGUCAAGGAUAAGUCUCCAGUCGUUGGUGCACACCGAAGUUUAGCAGAAGACUACGUCUUCGAGGCAGAUAGUCCGAUUGAACUCUGUCAGCUGAACGCGGGGAUAGCUCACCGUCACUGUCGCUAUGAUCAUGAAAGAGUAUUCAACGCUCUCGCGGCGUCCAUUAAGGGUCUGGAUUCGUUACACAAGUUGAAUACAGCUUUCUCUGCCCCGACACCUAAGGAUACUAGCUUACGAUACACGAGUCUGAUCAUUGAUAUGCUCCAUACCCGGCUGCUUGAGAUGAAGGACGUACAGCUCUUGGCCAUGUUCGCCGUUGUUGUGUUGCAGCUCGAUACAGCGAAGUCUCGAACAAAAGUGGAUUCAGCGGAACGACCAACUGGCUCCGCUUUCUCAAAUUCGACCGAAACCCAACCAACAGAUUAUUUCAAUCAUAAAACGCGAAGGAACACUCGAAAAUUCU